CUUAAAGUGACCAGCGUAAUUUGUAAGUAAUAAGACGUGUUUGUUGAUUGGAACUGUUAAUAUACUUAACAAUGCGUUUGGUAAAGCUAUUGCGGUGCGUGGAAAAUCAAGAUUUUAAUGAUUCUUCAACUACCUGCUUACUUGGCGCCGAAAUGGCAGAACUGGACAUAGUACCAGAAGAUUCGAAUGGAAACUGUGCGUUUCGAACGCCAACCACAGAACAUAUCCGAGAAUCGUCGGUAGCUCAGUAUUUGACGGAACACUCCCGCUUCUCUCGUCAAUGGUUCGUUCGCAAUGCUACUCCCGAAAUGAUAUCUGAAUGGCUGCUUGGGCACGGAUACGGACCAGAUCUGGAGCUGCUGGACAAUGUAUCAUCUUUGACAGAUUCCUACGCAAGGGCCACCAGCAGUGGCAGAAAUUCGGUCACUUCAGAGCUAUUUCAAGACAUGGUCAUUUGUCCCAAGAAAAAGAAGUCGACCAUGUCCAACAAUCUGUAA